UCACGACCACUAUAAAUUCACGCGCUCCACUCGCCUCUUAUCACCCUGCUUUUUCUCCUCUCUCUUUAUAGACUUCAGUAGAUGGCAGUCGAAACUCUACACCUCGCCAAGGAGGGCUUCACAGCCGCCGACGAGGACGACCAGCUGCCGUCUCCUUCGCCCGCAAAGGAGGCGCAUUUUAGAGGUGUACGCAAGCGUCCCUGGGGCCGAUUUGCAGCGGAGAUUAGAGAUCCAUGGAAGAAGACGAGGAAGUGGCUAGGCACCUUCGACACCGCCGAGGAAGCCGCUAGAGCCUACGACGACGCUGCCAGGAGUCUCCGGGGACCCAAGGCCAAGACGAAUUUCUCCCCCGUACGUUCGCUGCCGGUGGUUUCUGGCUUCGGAGACCGAGUGAACCGGUGGCGCGCGGCUUACGUGGCUCCGGACGGACGGACAGUGUGCUUUCCCGGCACUGCAGGAGGUCCGGCGGAGAUUGCUGCGGGGUUUUCGGGGUAUAAAUACGACGCAGUUGCGGUGUUGGUGCGGAGUGAGGUGGAGGAGAAGAAGAAGAAGAAGCCGCUGCCGUUCGAUCUGAAUCUCCCGCCAUCCCUGUUAUGAUGAUAGGCUUCUGAUUUUUUGAAAAAGUUAGGGUCUUCGCGAAAAAGUAAACCUUUUUUGUAUUCCUACUUCGUUUUCAUUUUCAUUUCCCUCUUCUCGUUUUUGUCGGGUUUUUUUUUUUUUUUUAAUUUUAAUUUUAAUUUUUUUUUUAUGUGCUUGACUGUAUGGGCCGCGUGUAAAGGAGCUGAUGUAGUUAUGGAUGUUUUCAUGUUGAGAGUAACAAAUUGACUCUUAAA